AUGUGGCUGGCGUUAAACGAGUCAGUGAUGAGGAAAGAAGAACAAGGGUUGGGGCGUGCUGAAAAAAAUAAUGAAGAUGGAAAUCAGCUUGAAAGUGAUCGCUGUCGUGAUCAGCAGCAAGCUUUGCCAAAAGAUGAGAUGGUAUUCGACGAGGAGUUCUGGAUUAGGGUUCAUCAAAAGCAGAACAAAGGGUUGUCAUGGAACAGAGCUAUGGAUGAAGUUCGUGUUGAGGGACUGAUCAAAAAAUACCAAAACAGUGGAGAAAUAGAUAGUGUAGACCCAGCUUUGGUGAUGUUGAAACAGUGGCCAGCAUCUAAACAGAAUAGAAAUGAUCCCGAUAAAAAUCGUGGACUUGAGCAACUGAUAAAUCGGUGGUUGGAGAUUCUUUUAGAAAGUGGACUAAACACUGAGAACAGAUACGAGGAGUUCCGAGAUGAAGAUGACGAAACAAAAAAAUCACUUAUGCACUAUGCAGCCGAACUUGGCUUUCUACGUGUCACCAAAACACUUGCGAGGAAAUGCCCUUUGCUGCUUACCAUGACGACGAAAGACAAAAUAACACCUGUGGAGAAAAGAGCCAUGUUACCGGUGGAAUUGGCAAUAGCAGCAGAGAAUGAUGAUGUGGCAGCAUUUUUGAUUAGAGUUAUGGAGCAUGAAAGAGUGCACAGUUUAUUUUCCUGGACACCAGACAAUAUGUUAAAUCCUGAACCAUCCUUCUUCAGCCUCAAAUCAAUCAUUGGGAAUCCUAAAAUGAAGAAAACAGUAGUGGCAGUCCUGGACCAGAUGGUAAACCCCCAUUGGCCAUAUCUUCCAAAUCGACAAGAAAGCUAUGAAACAGAAGAAGAGAGGGAGGCUAUUGAAGGACUAUGGAAAACAAUGUCAGAUGAUCCAUUGAACUAUCAUUUUUGCUAUCAUAUUUUGGAUGGAGAUGAAGAAGGACGACCCCCAAAGAUUUUGCCAUCAGAUGGACAGAUGCAGUUAGAUAACAAAUAUUUUAACUGGAGAGAGGAUUCUUGCUUACAUGCAAUUGCAAAGAGUAACAACAAGGAGGCUUUGCAGCAUCCAGUUGUCAGAAUGUUGAUUAAAACAAAAUGGAGAAGUUAUGGACACUUUUUCCUCAGCCUUCAAGCAGCAUUGUUCUGCAUCUUCUUGCUGUUCAUGUCAUAUUCUGUGCUCCAUGCCUCUACCAGAUGGGACCCCACCCAGUACAGUGGUGCAAUGGACUCACUGCGUGGAUUCUGUGAGGUUUUUACCCUACUUAUGGUUGUUUUCUACAUCUGUGUGGAAAUAAAUCAGAUAAGAAUAGAGGGGCAUUCUUAUUUCACAGAGUGGAUGGCCCUGUUUGACUGGUUAGGCCUGCUGUUGAUCCUGUGUAUAAUACCAUUACGAUACAUGGAUCAUAAAGCUCAGUGGAUGGUGACAUCUUUGGCCUUCUUGUUCAACUUCAUGAGGAUCUUUAAGUUUUCAUGUGUGUCAAGGACUACAGGAUUAUACACACAAACCUUGGCCAAGAUCAUACUACAUGACGUCACAAGAUCCAUGGCGGUUUUUAUUGUGAUCGUGUUCUCUUUCUGUGGUGCUUUGUCUUUAUCACUCUGCUACUCCAGAUCCAGUGAAAACCAAGAACUUCGGUGUGUCUCUGUUGGUGGUUUUGGAGACGUCUUGUUGAGCGGAUUUCGAGCACUCUCCGAGCAGUAUCCAAUGGUUGAAGACUACUCAACUUUCAACUGGCUGUCAGUUCUGUUGAUGCUUGUGUACAUGGGAACAGUGACUGUGAUUCUUCUCAACAUUCUCAUUGCACAAAUGAGCACGACCUACACUCAGGCCAAGAAAGUCGCCCGUCUGGAGUAUGACGUAAAUCGUAUUUUACAACUCACUCGGAUGGAAAGAUUUCCUUUUCUGAAUUUGCGUGUGAAGUAUUACAAGGAGGGAGACUGGAUCAGUGAAAUGAAUCUCGCAAAAGAGCUUCUUGAAUUCAAUGAAGAUCGCAAUCCAUGGGAGUCAGUCGAAGAAAAACUUAGUGCGAUCAGGGAAAUGAUGAGAAAGAUUGUGAAACAGAUGAGGCCUGCACAAGAUUAAAACGGUGUCUGUGGAUUAUAUUGAGACAUUUAUUUGGCAAUUGCCAUUAGUUGUAGUUUUAUGUGACGAUAUGAGACGUUACCUGCGUUUGAAGGGAGAAGAUAGAGGC